UUUUGCGUUGCUCAUCAGCAUCAGGUCAUCAGUAGGUUUGCAAGAGAUUAUGGAUUGAAGCAAUUGACGUGUGCGCACAUUUUGCAGACGAUCACAAGGGCGCCGGCACCCUACUUCGGAUCUGCAAAGGCUUUUACAAACGGUCGUCGCAAUCGGACUGGUGGCAUAUGUAGCGGCGUCCUUCCGACGCGUAUGUGGGCGCGGCUUGCACCGCGACCGGUAAAGGAAAGGUAUGCAUUUUAUUUACGCCGAGCGUAGGCCCCAUGCACGGACUUGUCCGUGUCGCUGCCUUCCUCGUCGCCUCCGUGUCGGGGUCGCUGCUAGCAGUGAUCGUGCUGCAGUAUCGAGAGAUCCUCGAGAGCAGCGGGCCACCCGUCGUGCUGCCGCAGUCGCCCAGCUAUCGGAAGUGGCUCUCCGACCAGGGUCUGGGCCGAGCGGCCAGCGGUGCCGUGAGCGAGGCAGGCCUGCUGUACGAGCGCGUGCCCGUGCUCUGCUUGGUGCGCGCCACUUCCGCGCAGCAGGCGCGCUCAGUGCUCAACACCUGGAGCCGCCGCUGCAACCGGGUACUGUUCUUCGGCAGCCUGUCGGACCCGCACGUGCCCGUCGAGAGGGUGGGUGACGCCGCGACGUGCGCUCUGUUCGCGCGCAUACUCGCGCAGCACGGCGGCUCGUUCCGCUGGCUGCUGCUCGUGGACGACGAGACGUUCGCCGUGGUGGAGAACCUGCGCCUCUACGUGGCUCCGUUGAACGCCAGUGACGUCCACUACCUGGGACAUCCCGUGCGAUGGGGUUCCGGCUUCUACAACGCACUUGCGGCCGGCAUAGCACUCAGCGAGGGCGCCGUGCGGGCGCUGCGAAACCGCUGCCGGCCGGGCGAGCUCGAGAGGAUGGUGGCCACCGCGCUGCCCCAGCCGCCGGUGGACACGCGCGACGCGCUACUGCGAGGCCGUUUCAACAUGUUCGCUGUCGAGCAACUGCUCCUGCCGGGAUCGGUUGCCUACGGACACCGGCGCUCCAGCAUCUUCCGCAGCCCCGAGGGGGGACGCUGCUGCAGCCAGCACGCCAUCACCUUUCACGGAGUGAACCCGGUGGACAUGUUCCUGCUGGAGUACCUUGUGUACGGGCUGCAUGUUGGGCCGGGGGGCGGCCUGUCCCCAACCAGCAGUCCACCUGCCAACGUCCCCAUGGAGCUUACGAGCCUGCUUAAGGGGAAAGCUUUUGUCAAGCCUUACGGCAUCACUGCUUCCUGAUGUCUCUGCUUGGUUGUGCCUUAACUAUCAUUGGCUGUGACAUUUCUAUGCAUAAAAUAUUUUUAUAAACUGUGGA